GGAAUCAGCACCCCGAAAUUCUCCGCUACCGCCAGCUGAGCUACCGCCAGCUAGUAGCGAAAAAAUAUUCCUUCCAACGAACCCCCUUCCUGCUGCUGUUCGCCACUCUUCUGGCCACUGCUGGCAGCUACAACUUACAAGGAGGGGAACGAAGUGAGAGGGAACGCAGGCUGUGAGCUGACUUUAUUUGGACAAAAUUGUGAGAAAUAAUCCGGAGAACGAAACUGUCUGAAACUUUCGGGGGAGAGGACCUGGCGACACUUCCUCUGCGCGAAAGACAUAGAAGUAAGGCCCUGCUCGGCCAGAGGCGUGCAACUUUCGGUGUGCAACUCUCAGAAGGGUUGCAGGCAUGCUUCUUGGGCAGCUAAGGAGUCACAAUUCAGCUCGCAGGGAUGCAUUGGCAUGCUUUAGGGGCACAAAACACAGGUCUCAUCGCAGGUUGAUCAGUAUACAACCGCACACCAACCAUCGAGCGGUUAAACAUUAGCUGUUGCAACCAAGGGAAGCAGGGGCAAUCGAACAACUAGGAUGGGCAACAUCAAGAUCCCGGGGGGCCUGACUGGUUACUACGUAGUGGACCGCCAGCGCUCGCUGCACGUCGACAACUUCCCCAAGAAAGUAACGCAAGCAAGCGUUCAGGAGCUGUUCGAGGAGUUGCUCCAGAGCAAAGGGGGAAACUUCCUCUCCCGCGCGGGGGGCACGCGCCGCACUUCCCUGGUGACAUAUGUCCUGCUGAGGUCGGAGGAGGACGGGAAGACGCACGCGUGGAUCGAGUUUUCGACCGAGGCGCUUGCAGACCUGGCCCUGAACCUGUGCAAGCUGCACCCCGAGUCACUGAAAGUGGGACGCACGUGCCUGGCUGUCCAGCGUCCGAAAGGGUACGUGACAAAGGCCCCUGCCGCAACAGCCAACGGGGCAGUUUCCCUGGGGUCGCUGAACGCGUUGAACGCGAACGGGAGCCCGCCGCCGAUGGAUUCCCCGCCAAUGGACCUCCCGAGUUUCGCGAACAACGUGCUCCAGCACAGCAGCCCCAACACCGUGGGGAAUACGAACAACAAGGACUAUGUGAUCGAUCGGAAGCGGGCGUUGUACGCAGAAGGGGCGCCGUUCGACGCAACGGGCCAGGAGAUCUGCAGGCUGUUUGAGGGGCUGCUGAAGGUGGGGGGUGUGGUGAAGACGGUGGGGCUCGUGACGCACGUGAUCUUUGCGCGGCGGUGCUGUGCCUGGGUGGAGUUUCUGAGUGAGGAGGUUGCAGACUACGCCCUUCAACAGUGCCACAUACACCCCGAGUCCCUCAAGAUCGGCAAGAACGUCUUGAGCGUCCGGCGCGCGUACGAGGUCGUGCGGCUGCUGCGAGAGGAGCAGGAAAACGCGGUCAUUCCGAAGGGUGUCUUCGACUGGGACUACAGCGUCGAUCGGGGACGGGCUGUGGUCGCCAAGAACCUUCCGGACAACACGAGCGGGCCGGGAAUCUACCACCUGUUCCGGAACAUCCUGCUGCACUCGGGAAAGGUUGACACGUCCGCUGUGGAACUGGUGACCCACGUCAUCUGGCAGCCCGGCAAGAGCUUCGCGCUCGUCGAGUUCGGCUCCGACGGCCUCGCGGACCUCGCGUACCAGCUGUGCAAGAUCAAGCCCGACGCGGUGCGCCUGCAGCAGCAGCGCCUCCUCGUGGAGCGCCCCGCCGGGCCCAAGCCCAACGGCGCGCUCUCGCCCGGGGCCAACGGACUGGACCUGGGCCUGCACGUCAAGGUCCCGCCGUCCCCCUCGGGCAGCCUGCCGUCCCCCGUUUCGGGGGGGCUCGCCCAGCAGCUGGCGCAGCAGGGGAUGGGGUCCCCCUCCCCCGGAGGCAAAAAGAGCGCACUCCCCCGCGACAUCUUCAGCCUCUCGUACUCGAUCGACCGGCAGAGAGCGCUCCACGUGGACGCGCUUCCGGACGAGGAGGAAGGCCCCGGGAUUCGCGCCAUGUUCGAGAAGCUGUGCCUCGAGAGGGGGCUCAUCGGCGGCGAGACCGGCCUGACAGCGGCAAUCGCGCACAUCGUGCGACCCCCCGGGCGCACCUUUGCAUGGGUCGAGUUCAACACCGCCGAAAUCGCCGACACCAUUCUGGACCUCUUCGCCCAAGACCUGGACACAGCCAAGCUGGGGGGCCCGUCCGGACACCGGGUCAUCGUCCAGCGUCCGAAAGGGUACAAGGCGAACUCGCCCUCGUCGAAACCGUCCCCGGGGCCGUUCCACUCGCCCAGCUUCGACGAGGACUCGUUCCCGAGCCUGCCCUCGAGCGGCAAGAGCGAGUCGUUCCUCGGGUCGAGCCUCAAGUCCGAGGCGUCGAGCUUCGCGUCAGCGGCCGCCAAGCGCAACGGGGGGGUCGGGUUCAACGGGCACAUGCUACCCCCCUCCGCGUUUCAUCCCGACGCUUUCCCCGCGCUGCGCGCGAGUCACGACCUGGAGUCCUCGCAAAAUGGGGACCACAAAACGGGGCUUCCGUUCGGAGACGAUGGAUUCCGGCUGCUGAGCCGCCACUCGAGCUUCUCGGGCCGCCAAGCCAGCCUCUCUGCCCGUGCGCGCCUCGACGCCUUCUCGUCGCUGACCGUCCCGGAGGCCACGUCGUCUGCUGACGUCAGCGGGGACGACCUCUUCGCGGCGUUCAACCUGCACACCGCCGUCGACCGGCUGCUCGAGGACAGUGCGUUCGCGAAACCGGCGCGCUUCAUUCCUGCGGGGGCGGAAAGUGGGCGCCACAACGGGAGCGCACUGCACGUCGGCUCCGGCCGUACGUCCGGAAGUGUGUCCCCGGCUUACGGCGCAAUUUCCCCUCCCCUCGGGCCGAUCGGACCGACGACCCGGCCCUCGUCCGCUUCCUCGAACCAGUCCGCGUUUGGCUGGGGGUCCGAGUCCGACGUGCUCACAAUCUCUGCGCUUACGCUCGAGCCUCCCGCCAAUGCGAAUCCGUCUCCGUUCUCGGGCGCAUCAAGCGAAGCGUCUCCGUUUGCGUCGAGUUACUUCAACUCGCCGGCCUUCUCGGCGGCCAGCCCGUUUUCGCUGACUCCGCGGGAGAACCCGGCGCCGUCCAAUGUGCCGGCGUUGACGAGACAGCUGUCGGGGGGAUCCAGUAACUUUUCCUUAUACUCGUCGUCUCCGGUGGAGUCGAUUUGGGGGGCGGCUGGGAGCAGCGGGGGCUGGAGCAACUUCGGAGGAGAGUCGAACGGACACGGGAUGACUGGCGGGCGCAAGGGGGCCUUCGAAUCGGUCGACAGAUGGGGCAUGGCCGCAGGCUCCUUCAUCACAGGCUGAGGCCUUGGCCGGGGGUCGCGCAAAUCGGAAAAGAAGGGUUGGGGAGCCUUUCGUUUAAUUCAAUUUUGCUCUGCGGUGUACAAAGACGCUUGUAUAGAUAGAACAGUGUACUGAGUGGUUGAUCGGACAAAAUCCUGGUUGAUUCGCUGAAGCUCUUGAGGUGGGCACUGUGGGUUGGGGUCAUGGGUUGGCAGCACGUCUGCUAGUACGCCUUUUUUAUUUCUUUGUGCAUGGUUGGUCAAGUCGGAGGGCAGACAAUCUCUAGGUCGAGAACAGCUGUUCAGCUUCGACGAUAUUACAAUUGCACAUACGUCCU